UGGGGUAUAUCAGUAGGAGAAUGCUGAGCAUGGAGUCACCAGGAAGGAAGAAAAGAGGAAGACCAAGGAGGAGGUUUAUGGAUGUGGUCAGGGAAGACAUGCAGGUAGUUGGUUUGAAAGAGGCAUAUUCUGCGAACACGUCUGUUACAAGGAGCUACUGAAGGUGAUGCCUCAGGCCAUAGCCUAGCUAGAUAUAGACUGACCGGCCGAUCAGCAGAAAGUUCUCCCCGUCCAGCAAGCUUGACCAGUGCUUUCUGCAACCUGCAUUGCAAACUUUGUGCUGGAGGUUGCCAUUCAUUCCAGAUCGUUCCAUUUAACUUUCAUCCUGCUCGAAAGUGAAAUCAGAUACAAGAAUAGAAAAUAUGCACAAGCAACAUACCUGUAAGAUAUCCUUGAUCACUAGUCCUAGAUGAGGUUGACCCAGAACACUCAGUUCUCGUCUAUAUCCACUCUUUAUACGCUUACGCUGUGAGAACACCUUUUGGUAUGGCUAAUCCUCGCUUUGUUGCUUCUGCUAAACGAAUAACAUGACCAGAUUUGGAGUUAUUAUCGUUAACCGUUUUUAUGUUCUCACAGUAUGGUAAUAUGUAUCUUGUUGCCAUUAGUAAUUAUAGUAAUUCUGCUGUAUGCUUCUAGAAUAAACUUUUUGUGUAUGUUUCUGUUGACCAUACCCUGAACUAUCCUUUUGUGGCAUGAUGUGUUACUUCGCUCGUACACACAAAGUGGUUCCUUUAUUUCUGUUUUAGGCUUAUCUUUUGCAGGCCCAACAUGACCUUGUGGGAUUGUCUCACACACACACACACACACACACACACACACACACACCUGGCAGCCCUCCCCUUUUCUCUCCAUCUCUCUGGAAGUAUAUCUUCAUGUGUGUAACAAUAAACUUUGGAACUUCUCUCUGAAAGCUGACUUGUGUGUUUCAUUGAGACUUCCCCGUGCAUGUAGGAGAGCAAAGAUCGAGAGGAAAGGCUGAAUUCAGGGGUAUCCUGUCCAGGGGACAGAAGGCAAUCCUGCCCAAGUGGCAGAGGAUAAAACAUUCCUUACAGUUCUUGGGGGCUCGUCCGGGAUAUCAGUGUUUGGUGCUGAUACACUGACUGAGAAUUUCAUCAUGUACCUGAUACAAGGCAUCGUCCUGCUCCUGCUCAGCGUCAGUGUUCAGAGUCAUUCCAUUAGGGAAUUCUGUAAUGCGACCUCUGAGGAAAAUGAUAACAGCAUUGACAGCGAUUAUUACUCAGUUUCUGCCAUAAUUGAAAGAGCCAACAAUAAUGCUGGAAAGCCAGACGGUGAUUUCACUAUUAUAGAAGGUGAUAUAGCCGUGUUCACUGGACUCCAGAAUGCAGAUCCAUGUACUUCUAAAAAGUGCAAGUGGCCCAAGAAAAAGAAUAAGAAAGUUUAUGUGCCUUACGUCAUUUCCAGUCAGUACUCACCCUCUGAAAGAUGUGUUAUCCAGCGUGCACUGAACUCCUUCCAAAAGUCGACCUGCAUCCGAUUCAUUCCUCGCACCACUGAAGUAGAUUACAUUCAUAUCAUCUCAGACAAAGGGUGCUACUCAUCUAUUGGACGCAUUAAAGGAAGGCAGGUUUUGUCUUUAGAGCGUAAUGGCUGUGUUUACUACAAAAUUGUCCAACAUGAACUUCUUCACGCUCUGGGAUUUAAUCAUGAGCAGAGCCGCUGUGACCGUGACAAACACGUCAAAAUCCUUUUCAAAAAUGUUAUCAAAGGUUUUGUACACAAUUUUGAUAUUAGACGCACCAACAAUUUGAACACUCCAUAUGACUACAAUUCUGUCAUGCACUAUAAUAGGUUUGCUUUCACCAAGAACGACAAGCCGACCAUCAUCCCCAUACCAGACAAUAACGUUCCGAUCGGACGUGCCACAAAGAUGAGCUAUUAUGAUAUUCUACGUGUUAACAGGCUCUACUGCACUUAAAUGCAGCACUCUGAACAUCAUCAGUGUGUUUCACAUGCUUUCAUUUACCGCUUGCAGUUUAUAUAUAAUAAAAGUACAAUAAUUUCUCUCAAAUUCAGGAUAAUUUUACUUUGAGUUUGUUUUGUUUCUGCUUUUCUGGAAUUUAUUUCCACAUGCAAUUUUCAAAAACAAUAAAAAAAAAUGCAUAUAAAA